AUGGUUUACCCAGAGACUGCAGAGGGCUUCAUGGUCAAGGACCAGAAGAAGUGGCAAGAGUUUGAGAAGCAGGAAUUCAAGUUGAAGCCAUUCGAGGACCGCGACAUCGAUAUUGCUAUUGAGUGCUGUGGUGUUUGCGGUUCCGAUGUCCACACCAUCAACGGUGGRUGGGGAGAGGCUCCAUUGCCAAUCUGUGUAGGCCAUGAGGUGGUUGGAAAAGCUAUCAAGGUCGGGAAGGAUGUCAAGACGAUCAAGGUUGGAGACCGCGUCGGCGUUGGUGCUCAGAUUCAGGCUGAUUUAACUUGCAACAACUGCAAAGCUGAUCAGGAGAACUACUGCCCGAACAUGGUCGACACCUAUGGCGCCCCAUACAAGGAUGGCACCAUCUCCCAGGGUGGAUACUCCUCUCACAUGCGAGCUCACGAGUACUUCACAUUCAAGAUCCCUGACAACAUUGAGUCAGAAGUUGCCGCUCCUAUGUUGUGCGCUGGUCUGACCGUCUACUCGCCGCUUGUACGCCUCGGAGCUGGACCUGGCAAGAAGAUCGCAGUCGUAGGAAUGGGUGGACUUGGACACUUCGCUAUCCUGUGGGCCGUUGCCCUCGGCGCGGAAGUCACCGUCCUUUCGCACAGCCCAGGCAAGAAGGAGGAUGCCCUCACCAUGGGUGCCAAGAACUUCGUUGUCACCAGCGACGAGAAAUGGUUCGAGCCAUACGCCUACUACUUCGACUUCAUUCUCAACUGUGCUGACGCAACCCACAAAUUCAAUCUAAAGGACUACUUCGGCACGAUGAAAGUCAUGGGCCGAUUCCACAACGUCGGACUCGGCGAUGAGCCAUUACCGUCCAUGAUGGCGCAGGACUUUGCCGGCAACGGUUGCUACAUUGGUGCUUCACACAUUGGCAACCGCCCCGAGAUGCUGGCCAUGUUUGACCUUGCGUCGAAACAGAACAUCAAGUCUUGGAUCACAAAGGUCCCGAUUUCCGAGGCAGGAUGCAAGAAGGCUGUCACUGCUGUCAAUGACAACGAUGGCGUACGCUACAGAUUCGUUCUCAACGAGUACGACGCUGUGUUCGGCAAGCGGGAUUGA